AUGGCGUCCUCCGAUCUGAUAGUGAAUGUAAAUAAUCUGGAGAAAAUAGAGAAUUUCUUCAACGAUUCCACGUACAAAGAGAUUAUCGAAAACAGUGAAACGUUCAACACCCGGCUAUGCCUGGAGCGGAGGUUACGAAUGCCGUUUCUCGACCCGCAGACGGGCGUCGCUCAGAAUCACUGUGCGUUGUUUAUGCACAGCCGUCACCGCAUUCCGGGCAUGAAGAAUGGACAGGUGUACAGCUACCCGGCCGCACGCUGGCGUAAAUCCCGUCGUCAGUAUUUGCUGCAGAAGCCGCACCCACCGUUCCCGGCGUACACGCAUCGUCCGUUCGGACAUCUACAGCCGGCGCCACCACCCUCCAUCCUGCCCGGCAGCGGCAUUGGCGGUGACCGUGGCGGAGGCGGUGGCGGUGGUGGCGGAAGCACAUACGAUUCGGAAAACUCCAACCUGGACCAGUCCAGUGCGGUCGAUGCGUCCGAUCUAAAGGAGCACGAGUCGGAAAAGGUGGGCAAGGAUUGGUAUUACGACGAGAUGGAAAUGCACGACAUGGAAUCGUUCGAGGAUCACGAUCUGCCCGAUUCCGACUGCGACUACGAGGAAAGCUUCAGCCAGCGGAAGAAAAAGAGCAAGGGCGCGCGGAGUGGUGGUGGCGGCGGCGGCGGUGGCUCCGGCGGUGGGCGCAGCAAAUCAAGCGGCUCGUCGCUGUCGGAUGCGAACAAUCGCCGUGGUGGCAGAGGUGGCGGCCGGGGCCGAGGACGAAAAUCGCAAGGUAUUGGGGGCGAGUUGGGUCCUAGCUUCAAAGAUAUGGUGGAAACACCGAAAAAGAACCGUGUUCAAACACUACCGAACCUCACACCCCAAUCGAACAGCUCAUCCCCACUGACCCUACCCGGAGCAGGCACUGGAGGAGGUGGAUCAGAAGAGCUGCCGAUGCAGGAACUGGUGAAAGUAAAAGUGGAAGUGAAGGUCGAGGGUAGCGACGAUCCCACGGACGGUGGCCAACCGAAGCUGGGCAACAACCGGCCCGGCCCGGCCCCGAACCAUGCCGGUGGUGGGCUCGGCACUAACAACGCUGCUGGUGGACCGAUGGCCGCCCUGACCGGUGCGGCUGCAUCGGCCGGUGGAGCACCGGCGUCCUCGAUCGUGGGUGGUCCUCCGAUCGGUCCGGGCGUUGGUCCCGGUGGUAGUCCGGCUAUUGGUGGUGGCGGUGCGGGCGGUGGUACGGUGGAGAAAAGCCGUGCCGUACCCUCGCCCUACUGUGAUUUCUGUCUGGGCGAUGCACGGGAAAACAAGAAAACGUUCGAGCCGGAAGAGCUGGUAUCCUGUUCGGACUGUGGCCGCUCGGGACAUCCGUCCUGUUUGCAGUUCACCGCGAACAUGAUCAUUUCCGUGCGGAAGUAUCGGUGGCAGUGCAUCGAGUGCAAGUACUGCACCAUCUGCGGCACAUCGGACAACGACGAUCAGCUGCUGUUCUGCGACGACUGUGACCGUGGCUACCAUAUGUACUGUCUGUCGCCACCGCUUGUUUCACCGCCCGAAGGCUCCUGGAGCUGCAAACUGUGCAAGGAAGAGUUCCAUAAGCCCAAGUAA